AUGAAAGAAGAAGGCGAUGCGUUGAGCAACGAUGCCAUCGAUCAUCAGUCACACCAGUCGUCGACAGAGACAUCGAUAACCACUUCGAUUAAAGUGGAAUCCGUUUCCUCGAACUCGACGUCCAACUCGAAAGUGACGAGUUCUACGAACGGCACCGGGAGUGGUGUUAGUGUUAGUGUCAUAUCAUCACCACUUCGUCGGCCCAAAACGUCAGUCCUGGAAGCGGUGGAUCUGGUCCGGGCCCAGCUGUACGGCAAUGCACUGGUCACGAUCGGCACGGACUUAGCAGCGGCUGCGGCGGCCGCCGCCUCAGGGAUGCCGUUCUCGAUGCCCGGCUCCGAACAGAACAGGUUUCUCAUGCAAGAGUUGGCGAACGUGGCCGCGAGGAACGCCCUCUCCGGCGCCAACAGCACGCACUCAAAGUCCAGUUCCGACGGAUCCAACAGUGCGUCGCCGCUGUCCCUGAGUCUGGGCGUCAGCUCUAAACCCGGACCCAAACCCCGCGCCGCCGACUCGCCCGGCAGUGGCUCGACGACCAGUACGACGACAGGUCAGGGACGGGACAAAGUGUUUGUGUGUCAGGUCUGUAACCGGUGUUUCGGGUAUAAACAUGUGCUUCAAAACCACGAGCGGACGCAUACCGGGGAGAAGCCGUUUGAGUGCCGGGAAUGCCAUAAGAGGUUUACUCGCGAUCACCACUUGAAGACUCACAUGAGGUUACAUACGGGAGAGAAGCCGUACCACUGCACCCAUUGCGAGAGACAGUUCGUGCAGGUGGCCAACCUUAGGAGACACCUACGGGUGCACACCGGCGAACGGCCCUACGCUUGUGAACUGUGUACCAGUCGUUUCUCGGACUCCAACCAAUUGAAGGCUCAUAUGUUGAUACAUAAGGGCGAGAAGCCGUUCGAGUGCAAGAAGUGCCUGGGUAGGUUCAGGAGGAGACACCACCUCAUGCACCACAAGUGCCCGAAGGACGAGGCGAAUAUUGGCAAACCCAGACGCGGCCGACGCCCCAAAGCCUACGACGCUCUCAUCUCUCCCGGUGUCGCUCUGUUGCGCACCGCGUCCGCAGACGAGACCCAUCUGCCGGUUGUGGCCACCGCUGCCACAGUCUCGUCCUCGACGGCCGCCCUGUCCGCGGCCGCCACUUCCAGUUCCUUCUAUCAUCACAUAACACCAUCAGUGCCACAGGCGCCGCCUCCAGUCGCCCAUAUAGGGGGCGGUCUGCUCGAGUCGUCGGGUCCGUCGAAAUCGCGCCGAAAGCCCCGGCAAACGAUCCGUAUAUUAACGCCACAGCACCGGGAGAUGUUUCUCACGGAUCACGACUCCAUUCAGACACAACCCCUCAAUCUUUCGCUCUCGCCUUCACUUCAGGGACCGACAACUCUGCCGACAGGACUCAUGUACUACACGACGACUGCCAGCGCCGAUGUGCUCGACCUCUCCCGGUCUCGGAGCGACGACUCGGAGGCCGAACCCAUUGAGGAGGAGGUGGACGACGAAGACGAUGAGGACGACCCCUACAUCUGCGAUCCCUACCAUCGCAGGCGUAUUCACGAGAACAGUUCCAGUGAUAACAAUGGCAACGGAGGUAUGGAUGCGGACACUGAUCACGAAGAGAACGGCAACAACGGAGCCAUUCCUCUGACUAAACCUAAGACCACGUCGUGUUAA